CGGGACCUCCGGUUGUGGAUCGCGAACCACGUUACGAGCUACCGGGACGCCAUAGACUAGACGGGCUUCCGGAACUCGUCCAGAGGCGGCGACUCUUUGCAGACGUCCCAGGGCACGAGAGACUACUGUUUGUCCUGUCUAAAAUGGGUGUGAAGAAGAAAAGAGAAAUGCAGGUUGCUGCGUUGACUGUUUGUCAUCAGGACCUGGAAAUUUUGAGAUCUUUUGCUGAUGCGGAAGGGAAAAAUCUAGCCUCUUUGUUGUUACAUUGUGUACAGCUCACUGAUGGAGUGUCCCAAAUCCAUUCUGUUAAACAGAUUGUGCCUUUUCUGGAGAAGGUAGAUAAAAAUGGUGUGUGUGAUCCUGCUAUUCAAAGUUGUUUGGAUAUUUUAGCAGGCAUUUAUUUUUCCUUGACUCUGAAGAAUCCCUUGAAGAAAGUUUUGAUAAGCUCACUGAAUGGCCUACCUAAGUUUUUUCUGACUGAGGCUAUACACAGUUUUACUUCUCACCUUCAAGAAGAAUUAAAUACUGCUGACUUAUAUUCUUAUAGAAAAGUAAUCGACAAUAUAUCUUCCUGCAUGGAGAACUUUAACUUGGGUAGAGCAAGUGUUGUCAAUCUACUUGAAAAUGUGCUUCAUUUUCUGCACAAGAGUUUAAUUGAAAUCCUGGAAGAAAACAGAAAAUUUUCUGGAAAUCAUAUUGUUCAAACACAGUUAAUGAAUGACUUGUUGGUGGGUAUUAGAGUUUCAAUGACAUUAGUACAGAAAGUACAAGGUCUCCAGAGUGAUCUUGGGAAUGAUUCUGGCUCUCCCAUCUGGCAAACUAUGUGUGGCUUGCUGAGCGUUUUCACCAAGUUUUUAAAUGAUGACGACCUACUGCAGACUAUUCAGAGCACAUCGGGAUUAGCUGUUAUUCUUUUUGUGAAGACCAUGCUCCAUCCAUCUGAAAAGCUUCCUGAGUUGAUCAGCAGCCUGCUUCUGCAAUCAGUUGACUGCACCAGCAUCCCUGAGUGGUUCAUGAACAGCUGCAGGAGCCUUUGCUGUGCUGACGUGCCGGCGUCAACUCUCUUAUUCCUGUGUCAGGGAACACUUGCUAUGUUGGACUGGCAGGAUGGGAGCAUGGGCCCAAGUGGGGAGGCUUUGCUCUUGGAUACUGUGCGUGUUUUGUUUACCUUGAGUUCACAGAUUAAGGAGUCAACACUAGAAAUGUUCCUGUCUAGAAUCUUGGCAUCUUGGACCAAUUCAGCCAUACAUAUCCUUGGAUCAAGUUCCCCAAGCCUAAAGGACUCUCUGAAUGGGGAUUCCAGCAUAGCUAGGAGACUUUUGGAAUACGUCUAUACACACUGGGACCAUCCAUUGGAUGCUCUGAGACACCAAACCAAAAUCAUAUUCAGAAAUCUUCUACAAAUGCACCGGCUCACUACAGAAGGGGCAGAUUUAGUGACCGACCCUUUCUUCCUGGAAUUGACUAAGAGUCUUCUCCAGUUAGAAUGGCAUAUUAAAGGGAAGUACGCAUGUCUUGGCUGUUUGGUUGAGAGUAUUGGAAUUGAGCAUAUUUUGUCAAUAGAUAAAACAAUUCCAUCUCAGAUCUUAGAGGUGAUGGGAGAUCAGUCAUUGGUACCUUAUGCAAGUGAUCUUUUGGAAACCAUGUUUAAGAAUCAUAAGAGCCAUUUGAAGUCCCAGACUGCCACCAGUACUUGGAUGGAUGAGUGGCAUGAGACUUGGGUUUCUCCUCUCCUUUCUAUACUGUGUGGAGGAAACUUGGACCAGAAGUCUUACGUGAUCGAUUAUUACUUGCCAAGGUUACUGAAUUACAGCCCUGAAAGUCUGCAGUACAUGGUAAAGAUCCUUCAGGCAUCUAUUGACACUGAAACCGGGGCUUGCAAUCGCAGAGGGGCUCUGGGAGCUUUGAUGGCAUGUCUGCGAACAGCUAGAGCUCACGGACAUCUUCAGUCUUCAACUCCUGCCUGGGACAACCUUGUGUGCGGUGCAAGGAUAAAGCAAGGCUUAAUUCACCAACACUGCCAAGUGCGGAUAGAUACACUAGGCUUGCUUUGUGAAAGUAACCGGAGCACAGAAGUGGUCUCUCUAGAAGAAAUGCAGUGGGUUCAGUUCUUUAUCAUGUACAAUCUCAACAGCCAGUCUCCAGGGGUGCGGCAGCAGAUUUGCUCGCUCCUUAAAAAGUUGUUUUGCAGGAUACAAGAAAGUUCUCAGGUACUUUAUAAGUUGGAGCAAAGGAAAUCCACACUUGACUCAGAGAACCAGUCCAGCAGAGAGCAGCCUCCUGUCUCUUUGCAGCAGUAUAAGAAUUUCAUGUCAUCUGUUUGCGACAUUCUUUUUGAAGCAUUGUUUCCUGGAUCUUCCUACUCAACAAGGUUUUCAGCUUUAAGCAUAUUGGGAUCGGUAGCAGAAGUGUUUCCUGUCUCAGAAGGUACCAUCCAACCAGUGUAUCAGCUGAGUCAUGACAUUGAUGCUGGCCGUUUCCAAAUACUGAUAGAAUGUUUUACUAGUACUUUUGAAGAAGUGAAAACCUUAGCAUUUGACCUUCUGAUGAAGCUGCCGUCAGUAACAGCUGGACAGUUUCAGGAUCCUGAGAAGCUGCAAGACCUGUUCCAGGCAGCAUUGGAGCUCAGCUCCAGCACAAAGCCGUACGACUGUGUGACUGCCUCCUACCUGCUGAACUUGCUGAUAUGGCAAGAUGCCCUGCCAGCCUCCCUUUCUGCCUCCUCAGCAUGGCUGCUCACAUGUGAGGCUGGAGAGAAGGCUGCAGUGCUGGAAAGGAACACAUUAGUGGUUAUUAAAUGCUUGAUGGAAAGUCUUGAGGAUGAGAUAUCUCAGGCUGAGGACUCCCUGCUUCAGGCCGCAUCCUCAUUUCCAAUGUAUGGAAGAGUCCACUGUAUAACAAGAGCUUUUCAGAAGUUGCCUCUACAUGACCUGCAGUUGGUGAGUGAGUGGAGGCUAGUGGUGGAGAGGCUUCUGCUGCUGUCCUACAGGCUCUCUGCUGUGGUGUCUCCUGUCAUCCAGAGCUCCUCCCCGGAAGGCCUCAUCCCUAUGGACACUGACUCAGAGUCAGCAAGCCGCUUGCAAGUCAUUCUCAAUGAGAUUCAGCCACGGGAUACUAAUGCUUACUUCAACCAAGCCAAAAUACUGAAAGAAUGCGAUAGCUUUGAUUUGGAAGACUUGAGUGCCAGUGUCUCAAAUAUUGAUAGCUUCGCAGAAAUCAAAGGCAGAGAAGGAAGAACAUGUGACGUCACUGCUCAGAUGGUCCUGGUGUGCUGCUGGAGGAGUAUGAAGGAAGUCGCUUUACUUCUUGGCACCCUCUGCCAGCUUCUCCCCAUGCGGCCUGUCGCCGAAUCUUGUAGUGGGUUACUAACAGUGCAGCAGGUAAAAGAAAUAGGAGAUUACUUUAAACAACACCUUUUACAAUCAAGACACAGAGGAGCAUUUGAACUGGCUUAUACUGGUUUUGUGAAACUCACUGAAAUAUUAAACAGGUGCUCUGAUGUGAGUCUGCAAAAGCUGCCGGAGCAGUGGUUGUGGAGUGUUUUGGAGGAAAUUAAAAGCAGUGAUCCCUCUUCCAAACUCUGUGCCACAAGGCGCAGUGCUGGGAUCCCUUUCUACAUACAGGCAUUGUUGGCUUCUGAACCAAAGAAAGGAAAAAUGGAUUUGUUGAAAAUAACAAUGAAAGAGCUGAUCUCUUUGGCUUUAUCUGUAGAUGCCUCAAAGGGCAUAGUCCCCCAGGUUCAUGCUUUAAACAUCCUCAGAGCCCUGUUCAGAGAUACACGUCUGGGAGAAAACAUUAUUCCUUAUGUUGCUGAUGGAGCUAAGGCUGCAAUUCUGGGAUUCACGUCACCUGUCUGGGCAGUGAGAAAUUCAUCCACACUUCUCUUUAGUUCCUUGAUCACAAGAAUUUUUGGAGUUAAAAGGGGAAAGGAUGAACUUUCCAAAACAAACAGAAUGACAGGAAGAGAGUUUUUCUCUCGCUUUCCAGAACUGUAUCCAUUUCUCCUCAAGCAGUUGGAAACUGUAGCCAAUACAGUAGACAGUGAGACGGGAGAGCCUGAUCGCCACCCCAGUAUGUUCCUCUUACUCUUGGUGCUGGAGAGACUCUACCCAUCUCCGAUGGACGGCACGUCGUCUGCACUCAGCUUGGCACCUUUUGUUCCUUUCAUCAUCAGGUGUGGUUGCUCGCCUAUCUACCACUCCCGUGAAAUGGCAGCUCGUGCACUGGUCCCCUUCAUUACAAUAGACCAAAUACCAAGCACCGUCCAUGCUCUACUAGACUCACUUCCCAACAGCACUGACCAGUGUUUCCGACAAAACCAUAUCCAUGGGACACUUCUGCAAGUUUUUCAUUUGUUACAAGCCUACGUUACAGACUCCAGACACAGAACAAAUGCAGAUUUUCAGCAGGAACUAAGUGACGUCAUUGUUUGUACCAAAGCCAAACUCUGGCUAGCCACGAGGCAGAAUCCAUGCUUGGUGACCAGAGCUGUGUACAUUGAUGUUCUCUUCCUGCUGACUAGCUGCCUGGACAGACCUGCAGAAGGCCAGCAGCCAGCUUUGGAGAGUCUUGGCCUCUGGGAUGACGUGAGAAGAAUUGUCUUGGGAUCAGAGCUGGUUACAGGGUUCCCCUGGACCUUCAAGGUGCCAGGCCUGCCACAGUACCUACAGAGCCUUACCAAACUCGCCAUCCCUGAAGUGUGGGCAUCUCUGGCUGAGGCUGAAGGACAGGUGGUUCCUGUUCCUCUCUCUUUCCCUCGGCUUCUGGAGUCUUCCUUUUCUGAAGUGCGCUUGUUAACCCUGGAAACCCUGCUGGAAAGGGCAACGUCCUCUGAACUGGAAGAGAAGGGACCACAUCCCUUGCUGUGUAGUAUGGGAGAAGAGUUCCUGCUGUUGGCGAUGAAGGAAAACCACCCAGGAUGUUUCUGCCGGGUCCUGAAGAUUCUCUAUCAUAUGAACCCCAGUGAAUGGCUUCCCCAGACAGAAUGCUGUGUUCACCUCUCCCCAAAGGAGUUCCUGAUCUGGACUAUGGAUAUUGCUUCCAAUGACAGAUCUGAAAUCCAGAGUGUCGCUCUGAAGCUUGCCUCCAAAGUCAUUGCCUACCACGUGCAGACAUGUGAGGAGAACAAGGAUUCCCUAGCCUCUGAGCUGAGGCAGUGGGUCCAGCUGGUUGUCCGGUCCUGUGGAGACCAUCUUCCUACUGCAUCUAGACUGGCUGCUGCUGCUGCCCUCACAAGCACCGCACCCCUGUUCCUCACCAGUCCCCAGCCCACUCUCGAAUUGCAGGACACACUUUCUCUCUGGAGGUGUGUCCUUACCCUUCUGCAGAGUGAGGAACAAACUGUCAGAGAGGCAGCCACGGAAAUCGUGACAACAGCCAUGUCCCAAGGAAACACCUGCCGGUCAACAGAAUUUGCCUUCUGCCAAGUGAAUGCCUCCAUUGCUCUGGCCUUGGCCUUAGCUGUUCUGUGUGACUUGCUCCGGCAGUGGGACCAGCUGGUACCAGGACUGCCCAUUCUCCUGGGAUGGCUGCUAGGAGAGGAUGAUGACCCGCAGGACCUUGUGCAGAGCCCACGUCAGGGAGAAGAUGACUACAUAUUCGAAAAAUCAGAAGUCAACUUUUGGGCUGAGACUCUGACCUUCGUGAAAUACCUAUGUGGGCAACUCUUCCAUCUCCUCUGUCAGUCUGGCUGGCCGUCCCCUCACUCCCAGAAGCUCUGUCACCUGCAAACUAUAGCAUCAGAGCAGCGUCACCUCGUCUCUCAGCUCUUCAGAGAACUUCCACUCUCGGCUGAAUUUUUGAAGACAGUGGAGUACACGAGGCUGCGCAUUCAGGAGGAAAGGACUUCAGCUGUCCUGAGGCUGCUGGCCUUCCUGGAAGGAAAGGAAGUUCUCAGAGCUGAAGACUGUCCUAGGGAAUGGAGACAGUUAAUGGCCCCAAGAACAGAAGCAGCAUGCUGAAAGACGGCCGGCUCCCAGCUCUGCUCUACAAGAAACAUGUUGGACAGAAAGUGAAACUCUUCCCUUUUGUGCCUCCCCCACUGUGGGAGCCUAAGCUUCCUCCUGCAGGGUGCUUUGUCUUUACACUCGUCAGGGCAGCCCGGUUUACAGCUCCUCUAGGAAGUGAGGCUGCUAUGUUGAAUAUUUACUCUGUUCCCAGGUGCAGGCCACCUGCAGGCCUGAAUUAACCUUUUCUAUCACGAAGAACUGCCAGUCCAGCCAGAGUAUAUUUUCCAUACACUGACUAUGAGUUUUAGCACACACAAGUUCCCCCACCCCACGUACAGACAAACACACACACACAUACACACACAGUGCUCUUUUGUCUGUUUUGGUUUGGGCUCUGUAUAGGAGUUGGAAUACUUACCAAACAGCCUAUUUGGCCAUAUUUUUAAACUUUCUUCCAUUUUAGCAAUGGAGAAAUAUAUCCCAAGUGUUGGGUUCUGGGAGAACUAAGAAUCCCCCCCAGGCAAUGCUUGUGCUUUAUUAUCUACGUGCACAAGUCCCUCCAGUCUUUCCCAGAAACGCCUGUGAAUGCUAGGAAACCUGGUUGUUGCCGUCAGCUAUUUGAAGGAGUUUGGGCGAAAGAGAAGCCUGAACAGUUGCUUGAUUAGUUUGACGCCUACACUGUUUACUGUGCUGUGAUUGGUGGACGCAAUGAAAUGACUCUUAUUUCAGAUGUUAAUAAACACAUUUAAUCCACUUCAGUGAUUCCAUCUAGAAACCUUAAGGGUUUUCCUCAGUUCCAAGCCCAGCCAACAGGCUUCCCCCGGAUACCCAGCAGGUGGCACCCUUGCACACAUUAUGCUGCUAGUCUACUUCUUUAGCUUACUAUAUUAAAACUUAUUUUAAACUAUUAUCAGCACUGUGCAUGAUGGUCGGGCACCCAUGCCACAGCAUGCAUGUCUGUGGAAGUCAGAGUCAGUUUUCUCCUUCCACCUUUACAUGGGUUCCAGAAAUCCAACUCAGGUUCAGGCUUGCAUAGCAAGAGCCUUUAUCCACUGAGCCAUACAUAGCAUUGCUGGCCUGGCUUACCACUGGUAAUACAUACUUUCAUCACAGACAGGUCCCAUCAAAUUGGAUGUGCUGUAGCCUGAGCCACAUUCCUAGUUACCUACAAAGACCAUGCCAGCAAUAGUUAGAAACUUGUAGGGGCUAUAAAUCCGUUCCCAGAUGAAUGGUCACUUAGGGCUACGGGGAAAGGGAAUCGAAUACACAGACUAGAGAGGCAUUUACUAGGCCCUUUCCUUCUGCAGAAAAGCUGAGAUUUCGAAUGGAAUUGGUCCUU